GUCGAUUGAAUGAUUAUUUUCAAAUGAUAAACGAUCAGCAGUUUAUGGGAACAUUUAAAAAUUUUCUCCUAGAAAUAUUCGAACUUCAAGUUCAUACGUUCAGUUUCGUUUGAAGAUUAAUAUCCAUUUCUUAUUUAUUAGUUUAUAUUUAUUAAUUAGUCAUUAUUGUUAUAAAUUCAUAAUAUUAACCAUGUCACAACAAAAAGUGUGCAUUUUAGGAUCUGGAAAUUGGUACGUAUUAGUUAAAUUUGGAAUAACAAUUAAAUAAUAAAUUAUUUCCGUUAAUAAACUUAUUUCAAUCAUUCAAUUUACUCGCAUUUUCACAUUUUUUUUAAAUUAAUUACAUAUUUUGUUGUAAUUGUUAUUACAUAAUUUAAAAACUAUUUAAAUUUAAACUUUGGUUUAUAAUCUGUAAUGAUUAUUUAACAUUUACUCAAGUUAUUUGGAUUAUUAUUUUCAUUUUUUAAAUAUUGUGUUUUAGUUGUUUUAUUAGUGUUUCACUGAAGAUCCAAAAAUUAUGAUUUUAUUUAGGUUUAAUUAGGGGUACUAGUACACAUUAGUUAUACAUUUUUAUAUAUUUUAAAAAUAAUUUUGGAAAAAUGUUAUUGACAAUGACUAACCCCAUGAAAUACUAUAUUUUACAUUCUGAAUGGAUCAAAGAAGCUCAUGGUUUUACAAAAAUGUUUAUUUUUUUUUUUCUGUGGACAACUUCUCUACCAGAGUCUUGCACUGAUUUUUAAGUGUAGCACCUUUUCUAAAAGGAAAUUGGUGUGAGGAGGUACUUUAUAAAGUGAUUUUUCGAUUUUCAAAGGAGAUUUCUUAACAAAUGUGAAAAACCAUAAUAUGACAUAUAUUGUUGACAAAGCAUCACUAUUAACUGAAUUUUGCUCAGAAUUAUUUUUUUGUUAUCAAUGGUUUAUUAUUGCUUAUAAAUAUACAUUAGAUUAACCUUAUUAAUAAUAAACACAUAAUUAUUGGCUAAAGUUAGAUUAUUGAUUUAUGCAGUUAUCUAUUUGUUGUUCACUUUUUUAAAUGGUUAUUUAGUUCAGUAUUGAUAAUAUGUUUAGAACACAUGAAUUAAAUUUUAGCUUAAAAUAAUGUUACAUAAAUUAUUCAUUACAAUUUUUAUUUUAAGCUAUACAGAGUAAUUUUAGGUAGAUAUAUCUAUUGAAUUGCUUAUGUUAGUAAAACUUCUAGAAGUCUGCUACACUGUAAGUAGAUAUAUAUUAUUAAAAAAAAAAAAUCAAGAGUAAUAGCCAUUAUCUAAAGACCUAUAAUUUUUUGAAAUGCUAUUAGCACUUACAUAUAUCAAAAAUAAUAAAUUAUUAACCAAUAUUUAAAUAAACUUAUAGCCUAAUACUUGAUAAAUAAUAUAAAUCAUUUUGUAUACAUAUGAAUUAUUAGGCUUUCACGUAUUCCAUAAAUCUGAAAUUAAAAACAAUUAUUUUUAGCUAGGUAGUUUAAAUUGUGUAUUUUAAAUUGUAUAAUAAAAAAAAUAAAAAAUUUUUGAUAUGUUACAAUUAAUUUACAAACAAAAAUUAAGUGGUCACAUUAUUAAUACUUAGAGACAUUAUAGUGAAUAAAUAUAUUACAUCAUAAACACCGGCUAAAGUCUACCAUUUUGUUUAGGUACAAAUGUGUAAUGAGAUAUUAAUACAAUUCAUGUAUUGAAUUAGGUAUUUAAUUGCCUAUUGAAAAAAUAGUACAUGGAAAAUAAUGAGAAAAUAUUUAAACAAACCUUGAUGAUAAAACUUUAUCUGUAUUUUUUUUUAUUUUAAGCAUACUGAUUAAUUUAUCUUAAGUACCUACUUUAAAUUAAUAUGAUAUAUUGUUCUUAAUUUUUAUUGGACUAUUUAAAUUUUUAAAUCACUAUCUUAUUAAAUUAAUUUUUUUGUUAUUUAUUAUAUAUCAGUAAUAUUCUUCAAAUUUCGUUGGUAAUUCCCCUUUGAUGUGUCAUGUUUUUCAAUUUAUAUAUUAUCUUAGAUUUUUAUUUGAAGAAUGUGAUUUAAGUGCUAUGAAAACAAUUUUUUUUUUUUAUUUUAGGUAUACUUAAUAAUUGAUAUAGGUAAUUACAAACCAUUCAUUAUACCUUUGUAUAAAUUAUUAUGCAAUAAUAAUUAUUUGUAUCUAAAUAAUUUUGAAAUAUACCAAUAAUACUAAGCCUGUACUAAUCUAGGUAUUAUAAUAAUUACAUACUCUUCUAUAUUAACUGUAUGAAAAUAAUUAGUGAUUUACAUAAUAUAGUCUAAAGUUAAUAAUAACUUUACAAUGCACCCAUUGGAUGGAAAUUCUAUUACUUGAUUACCCCAAAAAAGUUUUAAUCAAGUCUUUAAAAAAAAUCCCCGUUGGCUUAUUUUAUUUUAUUACAAACAACUUAUGAAUAAAUUUAUUGAGAUUAACUAUUUAUAACUAUUUCAUUGUUGAAUUUUCCAUAUUAUUAAGAUUAUUAUAUAUUUUUUUCUUGCUACUUUUAGACACUGUUUGUGGGGCCUUUCUGGACCAAAUGAGUUCAAACUCUAGAAUUCAGAAAUAUUUGGUUGGUUUGCCAGACAAAACUAUAGGAAUUGCAUUUAAAGAAAUUUAAAUUUUGAAAACAUGUUUUUUUUUUUUUAGUUCUUUACUAGAAUAUUUUGGAAUUAUUUUUAGAUUUUAAGUAUAACGUGGGGUGUAUUGAUUUUACUUUUUAUGUUUGUUUUUAUGUGUUUUCUCCCAGAAAUUUUGCACAAAUCAAAAAAUGAUAAGAAGCUUCUUUAACAAAAAUACAACAUCACCUUUUUUAUUUUUAUCUAUUUGAUACUUUAAAAUGGUUUUUUAUUUAUUUUUAUUGUUUUUAUUGUAGUUUGCAUAAUAAUUGGAAAAAAAACUCGGAAACAUGUAUUAUUUUAUUAUUUUUGACUUUCUAUCUUGGUAGUUAUUCAGUAAAAAUUGUAAAUGUCCAAAUUUUUCACAGAAUAUUUAUGUUAGUUUUUGAUGUGAUAAUAUUUUCAAAACAUUCAGUUGACUUAUAAGCUAUAUAUAGACAUUUUAAAUUCACUACAUUUAAUGUAAUAAAGUUGUGGCGAUGUUGUAAUGAUGGUUAGAGGGGUGGAUAAAUAAUAAACAGAAUAUUCAAUAAUAAUAUUAAUGUUGUUUACCCAAUACUAAAUGUUCAUAAAUAAUCACAUUAAUAAGUAAUGAAGUUUAUUUAUAAUCAUAAUAUUAAUUUCUCGAUUAAAAUGUAAUUAUAUAUGAUUGAAUAUUGUGAUAUCUACAAAGAAUAAUAUUAUUGUAGUGGUUUAUAUAAAAAUGCAAUUUGAAGAAAUAAACAUAAUAUAUUUGCAAAAUGAUUUUUAAUAAAUAAUAUUAUAUAAAUAGCAUGUAUUUAUGUAUUCAAAUUAAUAUAAUUUUUGAAUUAUUAUGGGAUCCACUAAAAUCUACAAUUUAUAUUAAUUCGUACAAUAAGUGGGUUUGAUGAGUGUAUUUAGAAAAGGUAUAUGGGAUGGCAUCUAAUAAUAUCAAUCACCUAGUUUUUUAUUUUUGUUAUUAUAUUAUAAAAGUAUAUUUUAAUAUUAAUUUUAAAGACUAAAAAUGUAUUAGAAACUGUAAUAAAUAAUCAUUAUUUUAUAAUUAUUAAUUAUUUCUGUAUAAUUGUUGUUUCAAUGAUAUUUGUAUUAUUCUGAUUUAUACAAAUUUUAUAGGGGUUCUGCAAUUGCAAAAAUUAUUGGUACAAAUGCAGCUUGUUUGGAUUCAUUAGAUUCCUGUGUGAAAAUGUGGGUUUAUGAAGAAUUGAUCGAUGGAAAAAAAUUAACUGAGAUUAUUAAUACAACUCAUGAAAAUGUAAAGUAUUUGCCAGGAAAAAAACUACCUGAAAAUGUGGUAUGUAUUAUUAUGUUCUUCUUUUAAGUAUAUAUACUUAAUAUUACUUAAUUGCGUUUUAAUUUGUAUUUAUUAUUUUUAAGAAAUAAAUACCACACAGCUUUAAUUUAUAAAAGUACACAAAUAUAUAUACAUAAUACAUUAUAACAAUUUUAUACAAAAUUAUUAUCUCAGUUCACCUAAGUAUAGUUCCACUUUAAGAAUUAGUCUCUAGGUAAUUUGUUAAAUGGUAUCUGGUAUUGCUUCCGCGCUCUUGUAUUCAAAAACCAACUCUAGAUAGUAGCAUUGGUGCGUCAACUUUUUAAAUUUUUUUAAUAAUAGCAAGUAAGUACUAAGUACAUACACAAUAGAAAAGUUAUAUAAAUUUUGAUUUAUAUUGAAAAAUAUUAUUUGUAAUUUUGAAAUUAGAAAAUCAAUGGUUUUUAAAUUAGGUAAUAAGUAUUUGUAGGUUAUUAGAGAAAAUAAAGUAAGUAAUUUUACAUUUGGUUAUUUAUAACUGUAGGUAUGCUAUAAUGUAUAGUAUUAAAUUUAAUCAAAAAUAUAUAACACCAUACAUCUGUAACAAAAUAAAUUUUAAAAGUUUAUUUGAAAUUUAAAAAUAAAACUUGUAUAUUAAUUCUUAAUAGCAGGUAUAUAAAGGUGUAACACUGACCUAAAUUUAGUACAUUGUACAUUAGUAUUUAAGGUUAUUUUAACUGUUAUAUUUUUAUUUGACUUAUAGCCAAUGUUUUGCAAUAAACUAUUUAGAUUUUUUUUUAAAUAUAUAUAUAUAUAUAUAUAUAUAAACUUAUCAUAGUACAUUAGUUGUGAAAACAUGUACUGUUAACAGAAUAUAGUAUUUUAGACUGAAUUUUAUUUUAAUAUUAAAACCUCGGUUUUAAAGAAGUUAUUGGAGAUUAAUAUGUAUAUAUUUCUCUUACCUGGUAAUUUUUUUACUAGAUACCUCAUGAUUUCAAAUUGUUAUUGUUUUAAUUUGUUUUGUAAAAGUAACAAUCUAAAAUGUAAAUUUAAAAACUAUACAUAUAAAAUAAAUAUGAAAAAAAAACUUGGCGUAUCAUAAUGGGUUAUAUUUAUUUAUGACUGGUUUAGAUUUUAAAAAUUAUCAUCAAGUAAUAGAACAUAAAAAACGAACAAAUUAAAAUAAAUUAAACAUUUAAACAGUUUAUUGUUCUUUGUUUUGUAUAUGUAAAAUAAAAACCUUCAAUGUCAAAUCUAGCUUUGCUCAAAAUCUAAAAAUAUAUUAUGUACAGAGUAACUUGUUUAAGUUUUGACAAUUGUACAUUGAAAUAACAUUAAAGUGUAAAAUUUUUAUCCUCUUCUCUGUAUAUUAAAAUAGUUUCUAAAAUGUUGUGAUUUUACAACAAUCAUAAUUUUUAAAAUAUUUUACUUUUUUUUUACUUAUUCUUAUUGUACAAGAUAAUUUAUUGUAUUUAAUAUGCAUACAUAUAUAGCUUAAAUGCACAUAAAUAAUAUGAUUAUGACACAGGUACUAUAUAUGUUGUAUUAAAUUAAACAAAACAAUUACAUUUAUAACAUUGCAAACAGAGUGUAACUACACCUUCAUACAUAGCUAAUACAUAGCCUUCCAAUUAUGAUAAAGAAUCAAACAAAAAUUAAAAAUGGUUUAGUAGUUCUAGAGAUUAGCAUGAGCAAACACAUUCUUUCACUUAAUAAGAUUAAAUAUUAAAAAGUGCUGAUACUGUGUCACUCUUGUAGGUGAGAAGUUGAGAAUAUAGGAUACAUAAAAUUAUUUAAUUUUUAUCCGUAUGCAAUAAAAAAAAUUAUUCGGAUCGAAGUUAGGUUAUACAUGUUUGAAAGGUCAUAAUUUUUACAAUUUACAUAAAAUUUAAUUUAAAAAAAAUACUACGUUAAAUUAAUUUUUUUUUUUUACCGCAAAAUGCAGUUUAUAAUGAACCUCCUGUUGAAUUUUCAAAAAUUAAUAUUUCAUUAAACAAUUUUAUCCACAGAAUACUUCCCAAAUAAAAAUAGCACACAAAACAAAAUUUAAAUUGCUUUUAUGUUAAAAUUCUUUUUUAUACUGUACAAAAUUUCUACCAGUAAUCUUGCUCCGAUUUUCUAGUGUAGUAACUUUUUUAAAAGAAAAUUUUAUCUACUUAGUAUUUUAAUAGUUGUUUAUUGAUAUAUAUAUAUGGGGUUUUCAUAAUAAUUAGGAAAUAUAUAGGAAUAAUCAGAUAAAUAUUUAUGUUUUAAAAAUUUCAUGAUUUUACAUUUUUGUAACUUAUGUUUUGUCUUAGACAUUUUGCUUCAAGAAGAAAAUUGCUUGGAAUAUCAAAAAAUGAUCUCUUAAAAGUAUCAACUAGAUAAAAUUUCAUUUCAGAAAAAGUGAUACUAUACUUGACACGUUGGAGCAAGAUUUUUGGUAGAAAUUUUGUACAAGUAUGAAAAAGAAAACAAUCCUCACUACGUUCCGAUUUUAAAAUCUUUCAUAAGAUGUUAGAAAUGUGUACAUUUUAAUCAUUUCGGUCUAUCUUUUGUUUUAGUUAUUGACAAAUUAUUAUUUGUUACAUAAAUAUUUUUAUUUUUUCUUCUUUUCUCAUUUGGGGUUGGCCUCUUCUCCCUAAUUCUCUUAUCAUUAUCGAUUGCAUUCAACCGUCUCUUUUUCAGUCUACCUUUUCCUCCUACGUCUAUUUUCAUUACAAUUCUUACUGCUUCUGAUUCUUAUCUCCUCGUGACAUGCCCCAACAUCUCAGUCUAUCUCCGUCACACUUAAACCAUCUCUUAUGUAUUCAUUACUUCUCUCAUCAUUGUACUUGUCCAUUUAAGCAUUCUCCCCUUUGCUACACUUAUUCUCUUCUAUUUUUCUGUCUACAUCAAUUUCUAUUUACACUAAUGUUCUAGUACAUUUUAACCGAUAGUGUAGAGUUGCUUGGGGGUCCGUAAUGCAGUGGUGAGAGGUCAAAAGGUAUAUGAAUGAAAAAAAGUUGAGAAACUCUGAUCUAUUGUAUCUUUUUUAUGAUUAUAGUUUUUGUAAUGAUUAUGAUUUUAUUUAGGUUGCUGUACCUGAUGUUGUCGAAGCAGCAAAAGAUGCUGAUAUUUUAGUGUUUGUUGUUCCUCACCAAUUUAUACCAAAAUUAUGUUCUAAUCUCGAAGGGUUAAUAAAACCUACUGCUGUGGGACUGUCAUUAAUUAAAGUAUUGCCGAAUAAAAAAAUGAAACUCAAUUAUUGUAACCUUUUAAUAUAUAUAAUGUAUAUAUUUUAAAGGGGUUUGAUGUCGCAGAGGGUGGCGGUAUAGAUCUAAUCUCAAAAAUUAUCAAUAGAAAGUUAAACAUUGAUGUGUCUGUAUUAAUGGGUGCCAAUUUGGCUAAUGAAAUUGCUGAUGAAAAAUUCAGCGAAACCACAAUUGGUAAAGAUAAUUUUCUUUUAAAUCAUUAUUUAUUUAUAUUUAAUUUUGUAUUUAUUUAGGAUGUAGAGAUCAAAACCUUGGAAAAAUUCUUAAGGCUAUAAUUCAAACUGACUAUUUCCGUGUUUCUGUUGUGGACGAUGUUGAAGCUGUUGAAAUUUGUGGAGCACUAAAAGUAUGAUCAUUAAACAAUUAAACUUAGAUUUGUUCAAAUGUAUAAAAGGAAGUUUAAAAUUUGUCAGGAAAUAAAUUUUAAUACAUACUAAAUCCUAUAAUACUCUAAUAUGGGACAGCAAAUUAUAGUGAACUUAUAUUUUGUUUUUAAUUUAUAUCGAUAAAAAAAAAUUAUUCUUGCUUUCGAGUUUUUGAUAAUUAACGCCACAAGAAAGUUUUUUUUUUAAUAUAAUAUCACGUAUUUAUUAUUUGUAUUUAAUCUUUAUAGUAAUUUUAUUCAAUUUUAAUUACAUUAUUUUAUAACAUACAAUAUUUACUAAGAAAUUUAAUGAAUUUUGAUUAAUAGAACAUGCUACCAAUUCAUUUUUAUAUUAGUGUACCUUACCUUACUUGUUAUUAUUUUUUAAUUUAGAAUAUUGUAGCUGUUGGAGCUGGUUUUGUUGAUGGUUUAAAAUUAGGUGACAAUACUAAAGCAGCUAUAAUUCGGAUUGGUCUUAUGGAAAUGAUAAAAUUUGUUGAUACAUUUUACUCUGGUGCUCGUCUUUCUACAUUUUUUGAAUCAUGUGGUGUUGCUGAUUUAAUCACUACGUGUUACGGUGGUCGUAAUAGAAAAGUGUCUGAAGCAUAUGUGACAUCAGGAAAAGUAAAUACAAAUUUAUAAUUUAUAAUUAAUUCUUUCUUACAUUUUAUUGUAAACCAAUUUUGUAAAUAUUCUUUUAAAAAUAAAUAUUACCUAUUAAAGACAAUUGAAGAACUUGAAAAAGAAUUGUUAAAUGGCCAAAAACUUCAAGGGCCAAUCACAGCUGCUGAAGUAAAUUUUAUGCUCAAAAAUAAACAUAUGGAAAUUGAGUAAGAUAAUUUAAAAAAUAUAUUUUGUUUUUUUAAAUUAAUUUAUAUCUAAAUUGUUAAAAUUAUUAUUUUUUUUUUUUUUAGUUUCCCUUUAUUUACUACUGUUCAUCAAAUUUGUAUUGGAGAAUUAACGCCUAAAGAUUUAAUCGAGCAAAUGAAAUUAAAUACCAACAAGUGAGUAAUAUAUGUGUUUUUUUUUUAUUUUCAUAACCAAAUUAUUUAUCAUAUGCAAAGCAUAUUUAAAAAUUGAAUUAAAUUAAAUUAGAGUAGUGUAUUUAUAAUUUUACAGUUAUUUUAUUUAUUGUUGUUUUUUUUUCCUUAGCUAAUCAUUAUAAAAGAUCGUUUUUAAAAAAAAAAAUUAUUUAUUUACAUAACUUAUUUGUGUAUAUAAUUAAAGCCCAUUCUCACCAAUGUAAACGUUGAGUUUAUAAGAUAAUCAAGCAAUCUUGGUCAGUUAUCAGCCAUAAACUCAGUUUAAUAAUAUGCCUUCUUACAUUGGUGAGAGAGACUUUAAUUCUCUUAUAUCUAAAAAUCUGUCAAAUUAUUUAUUUAUUUGCUUUUAUUAUUUUUUUUUUUUUUUUCAAAGAGGUAACAGUCUUUAAGACCAGCUCUCCAAGUAUAAUGUCCUCCAUCUGUCUCUAUCUUCUGCAGCUUCUUUCCAUUGUAUUCCAGCUUCUAUUCUUCCUACAUCUUUAUUAACACAAUCCUCCCAUCUUAAGCGAGGUUUACCCAAUGGUCUUUCCAAUGGCUUUGGAAAAGGUCAUGGAGUUUUUGAUUAUGUUGUUUCUUCCAUUCCCCAGAUUGACCAUCUUUACACGGUCUGAAAAUCCUUAUCAGAAUUUUCCUCAAACACUUUUAACCUUAUUUGUUUUGCUUUCCUGAGAGGCCAAGUCUCUGAGCCAUAAAGCACAACUGGGCAUAUCAACGUCAUAUAUAUCUGAAUCUUAAGAUUCUUUGAAAUAGCUUUAGCGGUUAGUAGUUUUCCCAAACCAUAAUAGCAUUUAUUCCCUUUUUUGUCUUAUUAUCAAUUUCUACUUUUAUAUCAUUAUUGUUAGUUAAUAUUGAUCCUAAGUAAUUAAAGUGGGAAACUUUUUUGAAACUGAUUUUCUAAUUUCACUAUCUCAUUCUGUCAGAAAUUGACCACUCUUCUAUUCACUAUUAUAUAUUCUGUUUUAUCAUCAUUAAUUUGAAGACCAACCUUUCCGGCAGUUUUUAUAAGUUUAUAACUCGAUAAUUUCACUUCCUCCAAACUAUUCUCAAUGAUGGCAAUAUCAUCUGCAUAGGCCAAAAGACCAACAGUAGUCUACGCUUUUGAUAAACUUUCAGUGAUAUUUGUUUUCCUAACAUUCUCUUCUCAAACACUGGUGAAAGAGCAUCUCCUUGUCUUAGUCCCAUUGUUACCCUGAUCAGUUUUGAUGCUCUUUUUGCCAUUUUCACUUUAAUCUCAGUAUAUUCUAGAGUGGCUCUAAUUAGUCCUACUAACUUCUUUGGGAAGCUGAAUUCCUUCAUUAAGUUCAUAAGGCUGGGUCUAUGGAUUGAGUCAUAGACCUUCUUAAAAUCUAUGAAUAAGACAUAGAUUUUUAUCGAAUUCCCAUGUCUUUUGAAAAAUUUGCGUUAUGUUGAAAUUCUGUGGUCUACCUAUUCUGUCGAAAGCCAUAUUGGUAGUUCCCCAGUAGUCUUGUGCAAGGUUUGAUUCUAACAAGAAUACAGUUGGCCAAAUUCAUGUUGGUACAUUUAGCAAUGCAAUACCCCUAUAAUUUUUGCAGUCAUUCAGAUCUCCUUUCUUAUAUAUUGAACAAAUUAAUUGGGCUUUUCUUUUGUAUAUAGUUUUUAAUUGUUUUGCUUCAUUAAAUGUUAGUAGUAAUUUAUGAUUUUAUUUUUUUCUAUCAACGAAAAUAAUACAAUUUUAAGAUUAGUUAUUAUUCUGAGGAUGUAGUAAUUAUUUUUAUUUGGGCUAUAUAUUAUAAAUUAGUUAAAAACUAACUAAUUGGAAUUAUACAUAUACUAUACUAUUAUGUAGAUAUUAAUCAUCAAUUAUCUAAGUAUAUGUAUUUUUUUUUUUUUACUUGUUUAAACUUCAAACGUUUCAAUAAUAAUAAUAAAAAUAUCUUAAAUUUUAUAUUAUUUUAAACUUAAUAAUAUAACAUUUGUUUUCUUGUCUUAUCUCUAAUGAAAGAAUAUACUAAUACUUUAAAACUGAUGUGUUUUUGCUAAGCAUGUAUAUUAGUAGUUUGAUUCUUACCACUAGUUAUUUUUAUUAUUUUGUUAACGCACUGUUCUUAAUCACACAAUUGAUGGAUUAUUUUAUUCAAUAAUUUAAUAAAAUAUAUUAACUAAAAUGGUUUUGUAUAACAUUAUUUACAGGACUAACAAAUUAAAUCUGGAGAAGUGUAACCUGUAGGAAUUUGAUAUAUACAUACUUAUUAAAUUCAAAUAUGAAUGUAAGUUUUGUUUAAUACAAUUUUAUUAUUUUAGGAAUACAGUUCAAGGUGAUGGAAAAUAAAUUGGGUACUUCCAACAAUGCUAGGUUGUCAUACUGUUGUAUACUUGUUCACCGUUUAGGUAUUAAAUAAAUGCACACCAAUGUCAGUUAGUCUUAGGACUUUCUUGUUACAGUUAUAUCAUGUAGAUAAAUAUGUAUUUGUCAUGUAAUUAAUAAUGGUUCUAUUUUGCACAACCUCAAAUCAAAAAUGCACCAAAUUUUAAUGUAUGUUACCAAUUUAUAUUUUAAGAAGGCAAUCAAAAUAUACAAAUAUAUAUAUAGGUUUUUUUUAGCUAAAAUAAAUAAGUGUGUAUUAUAGUAAUGAAACAACAACCAACCCAAAGACCACUACUGUCACUAGUGCCAAUAGUUCUUUAUAAUUGCUUGGAUCCUCUGCAUAGUGAGUUUUGAUGGGCAAUGUUUUUAAAUUUUUCAAUUCUAGUAAUGGGAUAAUAAUAUUCAGUACAUCUGGUAUCAUUAAAAAAAGAUCCCGUAUGAUCUAAAUACAAAAAAACAUACUAUCAUGAG